UUUGCGAAUAUUCCUCUCGUACCCGUUACUUGCAGCGGAAUUCAAGCGAAAAAAAAACCCAUUUGUGAAAACAAAGCCCAGAAGGAUGUUCUGGUCGCAGGUAUCAGACUUAAGGCUAACCCUUAGCUGGGUGUAAGCAGCUUCCAGCCGCUUGCUGUUGCUGACCAUUAUUCAGCCCCUGGGUCUGGGAUGGCAUCGCUGCGUUGCAUGGUCCAGCUUCGACGCCGCCGACGCGCUUGUUUUACAAACUCGGGUUCUCAGAGGGACAGGGAGCGAAGGUGGAUGGUCCCAAGAUGUUCCUCCUGGUCUGGUUGGCUCUCUCAGUGCCGGGUACCUCGCUAUCUUCCGGGCCGGAUACCAAGGCUAUCUGUUCGGUAUGUUCGUGCGUGGCAAUCGAACACAUCUUGUACAUCUCCUGCGACAAAGGCAGCAGUUUGUAUAGACCGAGCGAGCUCAGACCCCCGGCUGCCAGCCUGUACCACCUCAACCUGCAGAAUAACCUGCUGGGCACCCUGUACCCACAGAGCUUCACCAACUUCAGCAACGCCAUCUCGCUGCAACUCGGCAAUAAUAAACUGCAGGAGAUCCAAACCGGAGCAUUCCAGGGACUGACUCACCUCAAACAGCUCCACCUCAACAACAACGAGCUCCAGGUGCUGCGGGCUGACAUGUUCCUGGGCCUGGAGAACCUGGAAUACCUACAGACCGACUAUAACCUCAUCAGGGUCAUCGAGAGGGGCACCUUCAACAAGAUGCACCGUCUGAAAGUGCUGAUCCUGAACGAUAACCUGAUCUCAUCGCUGCCCGACAACAUUUUCCGCUUCGCCUCUCUCACCCACCUGGACCUGCGUGGGAACAGGCUGCAGAAUAUCCCUUAUAUCGGGGUGUUGGAACACAUAGGCAGGAUUGUGCAGUUUCAACUGGAGGACAACCCCUGGAAUUGUUCGUGCCAGCUGCUGGCAUUGGUCAGCUGGCUGGAGAACAUGCCCUAUCACCUGUACAUUGGGGAACCAGCCUGUGAGACACCUGCUCAGCUCAACGGCAAGUUACUGAAGGACAUGACCCAACGGGAGCUGUGUCCCGAAGAAACCGAUGAUCCCCCCGACUCCAGCCUGCCCCCACCUUUCCAGCUGAACCCCCGAGUGACCCGCCGCCCCCAGCCUGCUCCCAGGACCCCCACCAGCCCACCCAAGAGGUCCCAGUCUGGGAUAGUCUCGGGCAAAUUCCUCUCCAGCAACCGCAACUAUAGCCAAAUCGCGUCGUUCCAAACGCGGGCACCGGCGCUAGUCCAAUGCCCGGCACGGUGUGACUGCCAAAGCGACUCGUCAGACCUGGCACUGAGUGUCAACUGUCAAGAGAGAGGGAUCGAGAGUGUCAGGGACCUGCUGCCUACACCGGGCAGUGCCAGCCAACUGCUCCUGAACGGGAACCACAUCAGGGAGAUGGAGAGCUCGGAGUUUCGGGGUUACGAGGGAUUGGAUCUACUCGAUCUGGGCAACAACAGGAUCUCUGCCAUACACAAGGGGGUCCUGAGUAACCUGACAAACCUGCGGAGGCUGUUUCUGAACGGUAACCAGAUUGAGAAACUCUGCCAAGACAUGUUCCUGGGGCUGCACAACCUGCAAUACCUUUACCUGGAGUACAAUCUCAUCAAGGAAGUGCUGACGGGCACGUUUGAUUCCCUGGCCAACCUCCAGCUGCUCUAUCUCAACAACAACCUGCUGAAGGGUCUGCCAGCCUAUGCUUUCUCUGUGGUGCCCCUGUCCAGGCUCAAUCUGAGGAAUAACCAUUUCAUGUACCUGCCAGUCAGUGGCGUGCUGGACCAGCUCAGGUCUCUGAGCCAGAUCGAUCUGGAAGGUAAUCCCUGGGACUGCACCUGUGACCUGGUGGCCCUGAAACUCUGGGUGGAGAAACUCAGCCGGGCCACCACAGUGAAGGAAGUGAGCUGUGAGACGCCGGUGGAGUUUGCUGGCCUGGAUUUGAGGGACCUGAAAAGCGAGGUGCUGUGUCCCAGGCUCUUGAGCAAAGGUGUAGCGGUGAGCCCGAGUCCCAGAGCUAGCGUAGCCCCUGGUGCCCCACCUCUGAACCUGAGCAAGACUAAUGCUGGGGGUCCUGUACCCCUCUCCAUCCUUAUCCUCAGUAUCCUGGUGGUGUUAAUCCUCACUGUAUUUGUGGCUUUUUGCCUCCUGGUGUUUGUCUUGCAAAGGCACAAGAAGGGCACUGCCAAACACGAAGCGGUGGCAAGCCAGGAGUGUAGCUCCAUGCAACUCCAUCUGAAGGAGGGAGAGCAGCCGGCGGCCCGGGGAGAGAGCACCGAGCCGGGCACAGCUGGCAAAUUCAUGCCGCAGACCAUUGAGCAGCUCAGGAAGACCUACCCUGGCCCUGAGCAAGGGAGCCCAUUCGCAGACCCCCAAGGCCAGACCAUCUUCCUCAGGAAUGUCGGCGACAGGGACAAGAAACGACUGAGCACCAUCGAUGAACUGGACGAGUUGAUCCCCAGCAGAGACCCCCACCUGCUCUACCGGAAUCUGGUCGAGGGCAAACAGGAGAUUAAUAGCAUCGGCUUCGAGUUACAAUAUCCCGAGAAACAGGGCGAGGGGAAAAAACUGAAGAAAUCUCUGCUGGGGGCGAGCCAUUCCAAAAUGCUGAUGGAGCAGCGCAAAGGCGAGUGUUUGGAACUAAAAAACAAAUUCCAGGGGACCCCGGAUUACUUGCAAGUUCUGGAGGAACAAACCGCUAUGAGUCAGUUGUAGGACAGCUGCAAAUGGGUGUUUUUUUUAAGUAUGAUAUAUACACACAUGGAAAAGUGCCUUUCAUUUAUUUCAAUUGCAGAUAUUGAUCGGAGCCUGGAGCGAUAUUCCUCCCCCCAACCUCACCCCCACCCCGAACCCCGACUGCUUCGUCGCAACUCGCUCCGCAGAGAUUUUUAUAAGAUGCAGGAUUUUCAAUACGUUUGAAAACAUUUAAUAUAUAUCUAUAUAUGUGUGUCAAACAGACUCCCAACCUAACAAGCACGGAGAAAGUCCUACUGCGGACAGGCAACGCAAUCAAUGGUAACAGGAUUCUUUCUUUUUUAACAAAAAAAGAAACAAAAAUGUAUUCCGUGACUCAGUUCCAAAGUGUCCCACCGUCAAAACGGCUGUGGUCUGGUCUUUUUAAGAUAUUUACAAGGUGCGAUAAGUUGUCCUUUUGUUUCUGUGUUAAAACCUCCUCCUCCCCCAUUCCCAAAUCUACUCCUCCUCCAGCCAUCCUCCCACCAAGAGUUCAGACCCUACAUCCCCCCUUCUCCUCCCCCCUUACAGCCCGCCCCCACCCACAAUGGGAUUGACCAUUUGCUUAUCUGUGUUUUCCGCCUGAAAAAGUAGCCAAUAUUCUGAUAAAUUUGAUGCAUCUUUCUGAACUUCUUGCAUGAUGGAUUUGUGCAGUUUGUAUUUGGGACGUGGACUGAAAGGGGUGGGGAUAGCAUGGGACAGAGAGGCGUCAACUCAGUGUCCGAGCUGACUCUUGCUUAGAUUAUUAUUCUUUACAAUAAAUUACCAAAACUGUAGUCCCAGAGAAUACCCCUUGGGGAGAAUUGGGGGAAAGUAAAAAUAAUUUUCGUAUCUCAUUGAAUUAAGUUUAUCAGGGUCAAUGAGAGUUAUAGCCAAUGGAGAGCUGACUAUUCUGGUUGGAAAAAAAAACUUUUUUCUCUUUUUUUCCUAUAAGACAGCUUUAAAAACCUUCGAUUUUGACUUUUUAAUGUUUUAGUAACUGAAUCCAAGGUAGAUAGCUGAGAUUGUAUGUUACCACCCCAAGAAUACAGGAUUGCUUACUGUGUAAGCUUGUUAAAUAUCAUCACAACCAUUAUUUGAUCUCACUGCAGCAUUUAAA